CGCCGCGCGCCGCGCCGGAGCCGGAAGUGCUGCAGCUGGUGCGCGGAGCCACGUGCGGAGCCACCCGGAGUGGGAGCCCGGCGAGCGUCACCGGUGAGACCCGGUCCCUGGCACCUGCCAGACAGCAACACCAUGAGCUUCGUGGCAUACGAGGAGCUGAUCAAAGAGGGUGACACAGCCAUCCUGUCACUGGGCCAUGGUGCAAUGAUGGCGGUGCGUGUGCAGCGUGGCGCACAGACACAGACCCGGCACGGCGUCCUGCGGCACUCUGUAGACCUCAUUGGCCGCCCCUUCGGCUCCAAGGUGACUUGUGGCCGAGGUGGCUGGGUGUAUGUGCUGCACCCCACCCCUGAGCUCUGGACGCUGAACCUGCCACACCGCACCCAGAUCCUCUACUCCACUGACAUUGCCCUGCUCACCAUGAUGCUGGAGCUUCGGCCUGGCUCUGUGGUCUGUGAGUCCGGUACCGGCAGCGGCUCCGUGUCCCACGCCAUCAUUCGCACCAUUGCGCCCACGGGCCACCUGCACACGGUGGAGUUCCACCAGCAGCGGGCGGAGAAGGCGCGGGAGGAGUUCCAGGAGCACCGCGUGGGCCGAUGGGUGACCGUGCGCAACCAGGAUGUGUGCCGCAGUGGCUUCGGCGUGAGCCAUGUGGCAGACGCCGUCUUCCUAGACAUCCCCUCACCUUGGGAGGCCGUGGGCCAUGCCUGGGACGCCCUCAAGGUCGAAGGUGGGCGCUUCUGCUCCUUCUCGCCGUGCAUCGAGCAGGUGCAGCGCACGUGCCAGGCGCUGGCGGCCUGUGGCUUCUCGGAGCUGAGCACCCUGGAGGUGCUGCCCCAGGUCUACAACGUGCGCACCAUCAGCCUGCCUGCGCCUGACCUGGGGGCCAGCCCGGGUGCGGACGCCGGCCCCUUCCGCAGCGGCACGCCCAUGAAGGAGGCCGUGGGCCACACGGGCUACCUGACCUUCGCCACAAAGACCCCGGGCUAGUGAUCCGCCACCAGGAGCUCCGGGAAGCUGGGAGCGCCGCAGGCCAGAUGGGAAGCAAGGCUCGGCCAGAGGCUGCCUUAUAUGGGCAGCGGGCGCCUGCCAGGGCCUGUGUUUAGAAACAGACGGAUGGUGGGGCAGGGCUUGGGGGCCCCCUGGGUGGCUGAAGGGGGACUGCCUGGUGGAGGCGCAUCCAGUCCCUGGUCCCUGGGGAGGGCAGCCUCCCGCUGGCCUCAGUGUCCUGCUGCUAUUUGUAGCCACAGGCAGUUUCCACUGCCUUAGGCUCCUCCGGACAUUGAGGCCCGAGGCUGCAGGUGGCAGCCAGCCUGACCCUUUCCUGGUGGCCCUUUGUGGGGAAGGGGGUGGGGGAGCAAAGACUCGGGGGGGUGGGCAGGGACACCCUCUGGCAAGGGCUGCGGCCUGGCUCAGUGCCUCCCUGGGCAGACUCGGCACCUAGCGAGAGGUGACCCUGCUGUGUGGCCUCAGGCCUGACCCCACCCCAUUGGGCACUGCACAGGCCACGUGGGAGUGUCUCCAGUUCCCUCCUGUCAAAGGGGCAGGGAGCAGCCCCUCCCGCCUUGCUUCUCCUGCCCCUUGGAGGUGUCUUCUUGGACCCUGGCCCAGCCAGGGCCCCCGCUGUGUGGGGAAGUGAGAACACACAGCAUCACUCAGAAGAGCUGAGCCGGAUGGGGAUGUGCUACGGGCCGUCAGCCAGUGCCUGUUGGAGUUACUCCAUGCUCCUCCCUCAGGGGUCCUGGGGUCACAGGGGUGAGGGGGUGUAUCCAGCACACAGGUGACCUGGCCUGGCCUGGCUUGGCCUGGUCUCCAGCUCUGGUGCGUGGCUGGCAUUGUACAAAGGGCCUGGGUGUUCCCAUGGCAGGCGGGAGCCCCAGGGCACUCUGCUGGCAUGAGGCUGGCCCCUGACCAUGCUUGGCAGAGAAAUAAACACUGCUGCCCCACUGUGCUGACUGGUCCCCCUGGUGCCCCAUGAGGCUGGACCUCCAAUCCCCACACCAACGUCCAGGCUGGCCCUCCCUGCACGUGACCCUCCUGGCCCCUGCUCCUUCCUUUCCCAAGGCAGACGCCACAGGGGCUGUGGACUCCAGGACAAUGGCCUGGGACAUGGCGGACAAAGGGGUGAGUGUGUGGCCACCCCCACCCAGCUGCAGAAAGGGCCACUUGUCCCUGGGAAGGGUGGGGCGAGGGAAGGAGAAAGAAUCCCCGCCUGUGUGUGUGUCUGUGUCCGCCCCGAGCCCGGGGCCCUCCCUCCACAGCCCCGUCGGACACCUGGGUUGCCUCUUGUGCUCCCUAGAGGGCCCAGAACUCAAGAAGGACCGCCCAGCCCUGCUGUCCUGGCCCAAGGCCACCACUCAAGCUUUGGGGGUUCUUGGUUGGGGGUUCUUGGAGGGGCACCAUGGAACGUGGACCUGCAAGACCAGACUGGUGGCAGCAUCACAGGACUGGGGCGCCUCCUGCCUCAGGGCAAGACCCUAGGGUCCCUGGAACCACCAGCCCUGCCCCAGGGGUCACCUUCAGGGACCUGUUCUGACCUCUGACAAAAUGUCUAGCCUGGGGGACAGAGGAGGGGCCUGGACUCUCCUUGGCCUUCAGGAAGGGCCCAUGGGGUGUCUGGCAUAGGGUGCAGGCCCGCCCCGCAGGUCCCACUGUGUCCAUUUUCCAGGUGGGGCUUAGGCUGGCCUCCUAGGCUGUGGCCCUGGGUGAGUCACUAGGGCCUGCACUUGGGUCUGUGUGAGCUGGAAGGGCAGUGGGAAAGCCCAGCCCACUGGAGGAUGGGUGACUGGAAUGGGGGCUACCAGGUGAGGAGUCAGGAGACCUGGAUCCCUGUCCCUGCUUGUAGUUGCACUUGGCACAGACCCAACUACUCUUAAGGAUGGACAUCCCCCUCACCCUCAGCUGUGCUGCCAACCCUGCACGUGAGCCUGUGGUUCCACUAGGCCUCUGGGCAUCUGUCCCACCCCAGAUAGCUGGCCAGGCCCAGCUCAGCCUUAGCCUGGGGUCCCACCAGGCUCUGAGCCAGCAGUGAACUCCUGUGCAUCCUUCAAAGCCCCACUCAAAUGUUUUAGUUUCUCCCACCACCUGCCCCCAGUCAGGAGCACCUUGCUCCACCAUCUGCUCCCACACAUCCCAUGCUGGUGAUCACCCCCGUAGGACUGCCCCCCACCUGUGAGCCCCUGCAGGCAGAGGAGCAGAAGCCACGCAGUCCCCCAGUUCUGCAGGUGGAGAGCUUGAAACCCAGAAAGGCAGGGCCCAUGGUGAGUGAGUGGCCCAUCAGCUGGUCAGUGACAGUCACCUCCUCGAGUCAGUAGCUUGGGGCUGGUCACAGGACAGAGACUCACCCGGAAACUCCCUGUCCAGCCCCAGACAUGCACCCCUGGCCUUCCGUUUUUCCUUGGAAAUUCCUACACCAGGCCUGGCCUGAGUACCUGGCACAUCUGACUGCCUCCGCCAAGGCCCCUACUCCCAAGUCCAAGCCUUAGAGACAGGUGGCCUCUCCGCAUCUGCUCUGAGGGCCCUAGGCCAGGAUCCCACCCUGGGGCUGGAAUUAGAGUCCUGCCUCUCAACACCUCCUCCUGGAAGCCCCCGGGGCCUGGCCUCCUCAGUCCUGGUGUUUGCUGCUCCUGGCCUCACGCUCACCUGCCUCAGAGGGGCUCCACCCUGUCCCCAGCCCGGGGUGGUGUGGGCUGCGGGCCCAGGGCCGGUUUGGGGAUGGGUAGUGGGUGGUGUGAGGGAUGCCAGGCCCCCAGAGGCUGUACCCUGUCUAGCAGAGUGUGACAAGGAGGGUGGUCUGCCCCAUGAGGACAGGGCUUCCCCAUGCCUGCCCCUCACCCCUGUUGUCUGCUGCCCGCCCCCCCUUCUCUCUGUCUGUGCCCUGGGGAUGCCUGCUCUCCAGCCUGGCCCAGUGGGGGCAAUGCAGCUCCUACCCUACCCCAGCCCACUGCACAGGGGCGAGAUUUCUGCUGUAGUCAUGGAAGACUCCUUGGAAGAGGUGAUAGUCCUGCAGGGCCUGGAAAGGCUGCUGGAAGUGGGAGGAAGUGAGCAGGAGGCCUGCCCAGGCGGGACAGCUUCCCGCAGGCCCGGGAGAAUGAGGUGAGGAGCAGCUGCUCUGGAGUGUGAUUGGAUGCAGAGGGCGCCAUCUCCACCUCCUCCUGAGCUGGUAACUGCCUGGCCUGUUUGCAAGGCUGCUCUAAGUACCGGCCAGUCACUGGACCCAGUGCGCUGUUCUGCCCAGGGGUUGUUGGGCUGACAGGUCAGCCUGGGGUGUCCCUGCCUCCUAUCAGGGCCUCAGGUGAGAGGGUUCCCAGAAGGUAGCCCUCCUGGAGAUCUUGGCUCCUGACGCCCCAGGAGGGAGCGUGCAGGUGGGGUCCAGGUCUCAGGAUGGCCUCGUCACCAGCCUCUGGGGGUGCCCUCACCCAGCAAAUGUGGGACAAGCACCCACCAGCAGCCUCCUGGCACUGAGGGCCCAGAGGGAGCCAGGUGCAGACAGGGAAGAUGAGGUGUGCGUGGCCAGAGCAAAGCAGGGAAAGCGGGUUGGACCCUGUGCUGUGGGGUUCAAGACUGGGAGGCCCCUGCAGUCACAGAGGGACAAGGAAUUUGGACUCGGUCCUGCAGGGCAGCCUAUCCUCAGAGAGGUGGCCAGACCCCGCUCUGCCUUCAGGGAGGAUUCACUUAAGGGCCCAGGCGCUGAGCCUGCCCAGGUCACAUCUUCCCUCUGGCUCCAUGGUGACAAGUCAAUCCCUCGUGCAGGGAUGAACACAGUGCCUGCCUUGGGGGGCGGGGGGAGCUGCAGUGAGAUUAAGUAUCACGUCAUUGUUUAGACAGUUGGUAUCCACGGAAUGUCCCAAUGAUUAUUGUCACUAGUGGGAGAUGGGAGCUGCCACCACGAAGACCUCUGGUCUUUGUUUCAGAUUUCAAGGCCAGGAUUGAGGGGCCACUUCUGGGUCUGUCUUGAGAACUGUCCUCUGCACUUUGUGGCACUUUGAAUAGUUUAUCUGAAGAUUUGACAUUGAGACUUUUCUGGAAAAUCCAGGUCAUCCAUUCAGUGUGCUUAUUGGUUGUAUAAUGAACUGUGACAACACUGGCCCAUGUACAGGCAGAUGGGACUCAACUGACAUCCACAAUUUUUGAAGUAAAUGUAUUAGUUAACUGUCAUCACAGUUAUGCUGCAUAACAAAUACCCCCCCCCAGCAAAAAAGUAAACUCUGGGGCUUAAAGCAGCCUUUGGGAUCUGUGGACCUCAGCCAAGCCUGUCCCUGUGUAGGGGCUGAGCUUACAUCAGCUCAGCCCUGCCCCCGCUCCUCGCUUCCUCCUGGGACCCGUGCUCUUCUUGCAUCCUGUCCUGCGCUCAGGUGCAGUUGGGGCAAGCGCUUUUCAAGCCUUAGGUCACGUGGCCUAAUCUCAGGUCCGCGUGGAGAGAGAGACCCUGCGAUUUUAGGGGAGGAGCUGCAGGACCGCAGGCAAGGGGGCACAGCGAGGUUUCAGCCUCCAGGGUUGGGACAGCGGGGCCCCUCCUGCCUGGCCCGCCCUCCCAUGCACGGCUCUGUGCCUGGCCUCAGGAUGAGGGCAUUUCAAAGUCAGGCUGCCUCCGAGGCAGCCGCGUUGGCGGGAGGGAAUAACUCAGCUCCCACCAGGCUCAGAAUAGCUCCGAAUUGGGUCACGCUCCCCAAGAGCUCCGGUCACAGCCUCCAGCCUUUGACGAUAAUCAGCUUUUUCCCUGACAUCUGUCCCUUCAAAGAGGGGGGCAGACCGGCUGCGGGCACAUUUUUAGAAGCGAAGAGGAUGGGGACGGGGCGAGGAGGCUGUUCGUGGCUGGCCCCUUCAUCCAUCCCUGCUCCCUCUGCCGUCCCUGCUCUGUUCCUUUCCCCCACCUGGCAAGCCACUUCCAUCCUUCCUGCCCCCCCUGCCGCCCCCCCCCCACCGUCAGUCCCGCACAGGGCCAGGUGGUGUGAGACAGCUCCAGGCACUCGUGGCACCAUGAGGGACCCAGGUCCGGCUCAGCCAGGAAGGGUGGAGCCCUCUCCCUGCCCCCCCACUUCCUGGGCACCCCUUCCUCCUGUCCUGGAUAAAGGCGAUGGUGGGGGUGGGCUGCCCCACCUCUCCGAGGAUUCAGGAGGCUCAGGUCUCUCCAGGACCUCAGGCCCUGACGCCCUGCUCCUGAACAGCCCCUCGCCUCCCCACUUGGGCCCCAAGCCUCCCAGUCCUCCCCGCACUCCUACAAAGCCUCCGUGUGUGCCAGCCACAAACACUUGGCACAGGCAGACUCUCUUAGUCUCGGCCCUGGGGUCCCUCCUUGGGCUCUGGCCCCUUCCUGCACAGCCAAGUGUGGGCCUUGGGUCCAGGAGCCCUAAGGUGGACAGACAGAACCACUCUGUCUGGGGACAGGUUACGGGGCCAGGACCCUCACUGUCUGAACACAGUGUGCAUUCUGGGGGGCAGGAGUUGCUUGAGUGAUCUUUUCUUUGGCUUGAUCCAAAAGCUCAGCCUCGCCCCCGACUUCCUGUCUCGGUAGCUCUAUCCUGACGUGUCCUCCCCCGGGAGGCCCAGUGUCCUCCUCCCACUGCCUGGGCUUUGGUCCUAUCUCUGCUGGCCACCCUCUCGGCUGACCACUGAAGUGCCCAGAUGUGACCCUGGCUGUGAGGCAGAGGUCCUGGGGCUGCUGCACCUGGGUGGCCUCAGGCCCUUCUCUCCUGGGCCACCCUCAGUGCCUGGAGUGACAGAGCUGCUCUCCUGCAUGCUCUUCAUCCCAGGGGCCCUGAACAGUACUCAAAAUGUGGUCCAGGGGCAGCAGCACCUACAUCUCCAGGUGGCCCUUGUUAAGACUUUCAGGCCCCACUCAGAACUCCUAAUCAGGUGUGUUAGACCAAUUCCCCGGGUGAUUCAAUCAGUCUGAAAGUUUGAGAAGCAGUAGUUUGGCUAAUCUUUGUUCCCUUUUUGCCUCAGCCACCAGGAAACUCAGAGCCAAAUUUACUUCCCUGAUGUCUCACUCUCCUCCCCUUAGAGUGGCCUUAAGAGAACUGAGGGGGGGUGAUGUCACAGGUCCUCAGAGCCCAUGUUCAUGUUGUCACCUGGGCAUUCUAUCACUACGUGGUACACUAGGAUGCCAAACUCAUCUUUGUAAUGAUUUAGUAAGUACCUCUUACCCAGAUAGAUAGAUCUUUCUACGAUGGGCAUGCCAGACACUGUUUUUGGUUUUUUAAUCUUUACAAACCCACAGGGCAGCUCUCACGUUUCGGGUGGCAGAACCAUUCCCAAACUUUGGCCACGGAAACGUUCAUGAAACAUCUGUGGAGCUGAGGCUCUCCUGAUGCGGUCCCUGGACCAGUUUUCUCGGCAUCACCUGGGACCUGGGUGGAAGUGCAAAUUCCCAGCCCCACUCCAGACCUACUACAUCUGGAGCUCUGGGGGUGGAGGGCUUAGCAAUCACUGCCAGAGGAAUUGGACUCUCUCAAACUGUCCUCUCCUUUCUUUUAUUUCUUAAAACAGACAGAACACCUUGAUUAACUUAAGUGGCAUGUCCUGCUAUGGAAGCUUCCAGCACCAUCAACCUUGCUCUUUCGAGGCUGUGCUGCUGUCAGUCAGAGUUCAGUUUUGCCUCCGUUUGUUUGGAGUGUUUCUGCCGUGUCCUCAGACCCACCUGGGGUUUCUGUGUCUCCCAGGGGCUUCAUCUGGCAAAGGCCGGGGCUCCCAGAGUGAGAGCAGUAGGGAACGCCAUGUGGGGACCUCUUUUGGUUCUGACUGGAACAAACCAAAUGUUUUAUUUUACAAGACGAGAAAAUUGGAACAUUUGAAGCCAGAGUGGAUGUUUCAUGGGUUUAAGAAUGAUGGGGAAGAAAAAAAGAAUGAAAUUUUUGGACACGCUAAUGACACUGUGAAAUGGUAGGGUGGCUGUGACCUGCCUCAAAAUAACCUGGGGUGGGGGAGCAGGGGCGAAACCUGGGACUUGGAAUCCCUUGUGAUUGUCUCUGUUUUUGCAUUUCUUUGACAUUUUCCAUUAAAAAAAAAAAACUUUUUAAACAA